GGAGAAUUGUCACAAUCUUUUGACAACACGCAGAAACCCCUAUAAAGACGGGGAUUCCGAUUCCCUCGUACUUCGUAAUCACUUCGUUUUCAUUAUUAUUAUUAGCAAACAUCUCCACUCCCACGCCGUCCGAGGUCCGGAGAUCGCCGUCGUCCCGCUGACGGUCGUCGGUAAAGUUGGGUCGUUGCAAAAUAUCUCCACAUCUAAGACGCCGGCGGAAAAAUAUCCACACGGGGUGGGACGCCGAGGCAACAACUUCCCUUCAACUACGGACAAGGCCCCAGCAAAUUUUCCCCCCCCCUUCCGCCACAAAAGACGAAUCGCGCAUCGAAGACACCAACUCUGUUCUGCCCAUGACCUGCGACAGCUGUCGCAAUGCAGAGGACAGCUGCCUAAAAAACCGCCCAUGCCGGCCCGGGCAGGCCUACAACGACGUUGACCGCGAUGAUGGCAACGUCCCCUCUGCCGGCCCAGCCCGUGGAUUCUCGGGAGCGGCCGGCCCGGAGACCCCCACCCCGCCGGACGCCGAGAAGACGUUGGUGCUUGACAGUGCGAGUGCGACGCCACCCACCCUAGCCAGAGUCGAGACGAACCUCGACUUCCCCGAGGGAGGGUUGGCGGCGUGGCUCGUGGUCUUCGGAUCCUUCUGUGCGAUGCUCUCCGUCUUCGGCCUCAUCAACACGGCCGCCGUUUUCGAAUCGUACUUCUCCACCAACCAAUUGGCCGACUACUCGUCGUCGGAGAUCGGCUGGAUCUUCAGCCUGUACCUGUUCAUCGUCUUCUUCGUCGGCAUCCAGGUCGGGCCCAUCUUCGACAAGCACGGGCCGCGGAUCGUCGUGCCCCUGGGUGGCCUGCUCAUCUCGGCCAGCCUGCUCAUGUUGGGCGUUUGCGAAGAGUACUACCAGAUUAUCCUGUCCUACGCCGUCGUAGGCGGACUCGGCGGAGCGCUCCUGAACUCACCAGCGUACGGGGCCAUCGCUCACUUUUUCGACGCCAAGCGCGGCUUCGCAACGGGCAUCGCAGCCACGGCAGGAUCCAUCGGCGGCAUCGUGUUCCCCAUCCUGCUGCAGCGGCUGCUGCCGACCCUGGGCUUCGGAUGGACGACGCGGAUCCUGGGCCUCAUCCUCCUGGGCCUGGCGCUGCCGGCGACGCUGUUCAUCCGUACCCGUCUGCCGCCCCGCGACACGGCCCUCGUGAGGAGGUCGGUCUGGCCGGACCUGACCAUGUUCCGGGACCUCAAGUUCACGCUGUCGGCGGUGGGCAUCUUCUUCAUGGAAUGGGGCCUGUUCGUGCCCCUGACGUACAUCGUGUCGUACGCGGCGCGCUUCGAGGAGGACGCCACCGACUCGUACACGCUCCUGUCCCUGCUCAAUGCCGGGUCCGUGUUGGGCCGGUUCCUGCCCGGCUUCCUCGCGGAUAAGGUGGGGAGGUUCAACGUGAUCCUCGCCAGCAUCGCCCUGUGCGUCGCCACCGUCUUGGGCCUCUGGCUGCCGGCGGGGGAUUCGCGGGCCAUGCUCAUGGCCUUUGCCGUGCUGUUUGGCUUCGCCAGCGGCAGUAACCUGGGGCUCACGCCCGUGUGUCUCGGGCAGCUCUGCGACCCUCGGGACUACGGGCGGUUCCUCUCGACGGCGUUGAUGGUGGCCAGUUUUGGAACGCUCAGUAGUCUGCCCAUAGCCGGUGCCAUUCUUGAGGCGGGGGAUCACAGCGAUGUGGGCUGGAUGGCCCUUAUCGUGUUUGCCGGUCUUUCGUAUCUCCUCGCGCUAGGGUGUUUCCUCGCAGCGAGGGUGUUGGCCGUCGGUUGGGGUGUGAAGAAGGUGUUCUAAUAGAUGGGGGUUGAUGGUUCUGUGAAAGCGUCGUCCAACCUGGUUGAUGAUGGAUGACCAGGAUUAGUAAACGAGGAUUAAGUAAGCGGACAAGAUGGCACAGUGAAUAGAGUUAUAUCCGUACGGAGUACGGCCACGGUACAUGCCUAUCUUAUCUUUUAGGUGGGGGGUGGGGGAGGGGCA